AUGAUGGCCACAAAUCCUCCACUAUACCAAUCUCCCAAGCGCAAACGAGAACCUUCCGAGUCCGACUAUUUCAGUCCUUCAGCAUCCCCGACAUCAAGCGGCUCUAUCGCGAGUCUGCACGAAACUAGGUUGCGGGAAGAGGAUGAGGUCGGACGCCACAGCCCUCGAGCCGCGGUGGCCGGUCGAUUUAGAGACUUAGCAAUUCAGGGUGAAGGACUCACAAUCCUGCGACAGCCAAACAGAGACAUCCAACCUGAGCCAUAUAUGUUGCCAGAGCAGGAGAAAAGUGUUGUGGGAAAGUCCGAUGUAACGCAUGCGGUCUGGCAGCCCGACAAUAAGCAGAGGGAGAUCACCGAGGUGCCUGAUCAACAGUUGGCAUCUGAGUUGUCCACUACUACACAUACAACUGACACUCCCACUACUCCAUCUUUAUCUCCCUCCAAAAGGAAAUCCAUCCACCCGCGCAAACAGCUCCAACCCAACUCUCCGUCAAAAAACCGGAAGCAAAGACGCUCGCCCCCUCCAGUUGAUACUUCAAAUGAAGAUCCAUUCACCUGGCACGACCAUGAGAUAACGGGACAUGACCCAACGGAUCCCACGGACGACGGCUAUGGUAUUAAUGGGGUAGGCUUCAGGCCUACUGCGGCAACAGCGUGGGCACGAUCUCAAAAACGACAGAAACAAGUCGCCGAGUGGAAAAACCGUGAAGCACGGGAAGCUCGCGAAAAAAGAAGAGAACGAAGACACGGGAAUGGGAGUCUGGAUAGAAUUCAUGGUAUUCAACAAAGCUCCCUUCCGAAACGGGUCAAGUUUGAUGUCGAAGCCGAAAUAUCUAGCAAAGAUCUUUCCCCAUCAUAG